GGUGGCUCGCGCUGUCGCUGUGGUUGCCUGAGUGGCGGCGGCGGCGGCGGCCGGGCGGAUGUUGACACGGUGUUGUUGUUGUCGUUGCGGACGGUAAUGGCGGCGGCGGCCCGGACGCCUUCCCGAGCGUAGCCGGCGCGGACACAGCCGAGCGCCCGCCCCGCGGCCUCCGAGCCGCCGGCCCCUCAGCCGCCCCCGCCGGGCGCCGGGCGCCGAGGCCCAGGAUGGCGGAUUUCGACGAGAUCUACGAGGAGGAGGAGGACGAGGAGCGGGCCCUGGAGGAGCAGCUGCUCAAGUACUCGCCGGACCCGGUGGUGGUCCGCGGCUCCGGUCACGUCACCGUAUUUGGACUGAGCAACAAAUUUGAAUCAGAAUUCCCUUCUUCAUUAACUGGAAAAGUAGCUCCUGAAGAAUUCAAAGCCAGCAUCAACAGAGUUAACAGCUGUCUUAAGAAGAACCUUCCUGUCAACGUGCGCUGGCUGCUCUGCGGCUGCCUUUGCUGCUGCUGCACACUGGGUUGCAGUAUGUGGCCAGUUAUCUGCCUCAGUAAGAGAACACGAAGAUCGAUUGAGAAGUUAUUAGAAUGGGAAAACAAUAGGUUAUACCACAAGCUGUGUUUGCACUGGCGACUGAGCAAAAGGAAAUGUGAAACGAGUAACAUGAUGGAAUAUGUCAUCCUCAUAGAAUUUUUACCAAAGACACCGAUUUUUCGACCAGAUUAGCGUUGAUCUUAUUUAUAGAGACUUUCCAAGUAUGUUGUCUUUCCAAUGGUGCCUUGCUUGGUGCUCUCCUGGUGGUGACAUAACAUUGGUUCUACAGAAUAGUGUGGUGUUUUUUGUUUGUUUGUUUUUUUCUAAAUAACCGCAUGUUCUAAGUGUGCAUUUUUGUCAAACUUUGCAAGUUAUUUCAUACAGAUGUUUAAUACUUAAGUUAUUGUGCUCUGUUCUGUUAUGUAUUCUGAGUUUCAAGGAUUACUUUUUUGUAUUAUCAAAAAAUACAUUUGAACUUAGCAUAAAAAGUGGCCAGCCUUUUUUAUUUUAUCACCAAGGUACACAGAAUCCUUUAUUUAUAAAUUCCUUAACAUAGAAAAACACCUUUGUAAGGCUCUACUUAUCUAUUCUAGCAAGCACAAUUUGUAUUAUUUUUUCUUGCUUUUACAUUUAACCUAGUCAUUAUUAUUUUAAAAGCCUUUGGAACCAGACAUUCCCCCUUCCAUACAGUUCCUAACACUGUUUACAGCGGUUACGUCUGUGCCAUCAUGAAGGCCUGCUUGUCUUCCAAGGUGGUGCGGCAGAAUUAAAUUAUUUUUACUCCUAGAGUAGGCAAAUCAAUGGAUGGUGUGCAUGCAUCAGUGGUUCCUAGAGCUCAGGAUCGCAAAGUAGAGUAGCAUCACAAUCUGUAUAUUUUUGGUCGAGAUGAUACUAAUAAUAGCCUUACUUGGGUUAUUUUUAUUGCUUAUCAAAUCUUAUAUAAAAAUAUGGAAGUACUCCUUUUAACAUUUUUAAGAAGAAUAUUUCUCCAGAUCUAGCAUCAUUGUAGAACUAUGUUUUUGAAAGAAAGCAGAGGUUCUAGAGUGUUGAAUACCCCAUCUUAUUGAGAGCAGUUUGUUACUAAGAAACGGACGCGGUGUUACCCACUGGUUCACUUCUAGUUCAGUUACGUGCAUUUCCUUGAUUGAGAAUGUGACCUAUGCAUUGCAGUUAGAUUGGCUUGUUUUGAACAAGCAUACACACAUGUUUCUCCCUUUUGGUUGUACAUAUCUUCAUGCAUUUUAAUAUUUUCUAGAUUUCUGAAUGACUUAUGUGUAAAUUUUUGUUUUCAUAAGCCUGAAAUUAUACAGGUUUUGAUGUGUGUCAAGAACUUGUUCCAUACAACUGUGGUAUCGAGCAAUAAUGUGAAUAACUUUUGAAAUUAUAUAAACUAUGCUUAAUAAUUUGUAUUAAGAAUUGGUACCACUAUACAUUUUUUCCUUGUAUUAAAUCUUUUAAAUACUAGUUUCAUUAAUUUAUAUACAUGUAUUUUUAAAAGUAUUUCUUUGUACUUCUCCAAAGUACUGUACUUCUAUAUAUAAGUUUGAAU